AUGAAAGUGUUGUGCGUUGCAGAGAAACCAUCUAUAGCGAAGGAAGUCACCAAUAUUCUCAGUGGGGGUAAACUGGUAAGACGAAAUUCACCCAGUAAAUAUAAUUCCAAUUUCGAUUUCAAAUUUGAUUUCCCAGGUCAUGGAGUAUGUGAUGUUACAAUGACAUCAGUAACGGGUCAUAUCAAUAGAACUGACUUUCCUGCUCAAUAUGGAUGGGGGAAAGUUCCUCCAGGCAGAUUAUUCGAAUUGCCCAUCGAAGUUAAAAUAGAUAAGGACAAAGCAGCCAUCCAUCGGAAUAUAUCUACGGAAGCAAGAAAUUCCACAUAUUUAAUGAUAUGGACUGAUUGUGAUAGAGAGGGUGAAGCCAUAGGUUAUGAAAUCUUUGAAGCUGCUCAGAAAGGAAAUCGUUCCAUAUCAUUUAAUCACGUUUGGAGAUCACAUUUCUCUCAUUUGGAAAGAAACCAUAUACUAAAUGCUGCUAGAAAUCCUACUGGUUUGGACAUGAAGGUGGUUGAUGCGGUUAAUUGUCGACAAGAGCUUGACCUAAGAGUAGGAGCUAGUUUCACUCGACUUUUAACUGAUGCUUUAAGAGGACAGAAGAAUAUUCCGUCACCUGUUUCUUAUGGGACUUGUCAAUUCCCUGCGUUGGGUUUUGUAGUAGAUAGGUAUAAACGAGUCAAGAGUUUCAAAGAAGAAAAGUUCUGGUAUUUACAAGCAGACGUUGAAAAGGAUGGACAAACAGCUCAUUUCAAUUGGACAAGAGGUCGUUUCUUUGAUAGGUUAUAUGUAAUAACACUUUAUCAAGAAUGUAUGAAAAAUCCCCAUGGUAAGAUUGAUAGCGUAACGAAGAAACCCACUAGUAAUUAUAAACCAUAUCCUUUGACCACUGUUCAAUUGCAAAAGGAUUGUUCAACUUUUUACAAAAUGAGUGCAAAAGCCACUUUGGAUGCGGCUGAAAAAUUAUAUACUGGAGGUUGGAUAUCAUACCCCAGAACCGAAACCGAUAAAUUCCCCCGGGCGAUGAAUUUGAAAAGCAUUGUAGAAACUCAAACCCAAGAUUCUCGAUGGGGGCAGUUUGCUAGGGAACUACUUGAUGGAGGAUUCUCACAACCUAGAGAAGGUAAAAAUGAUGAUAAAUCUCAUCCUCCUAUUCAUCCCGUGAAAUUCCAGAAGUUAGAAGCUAUCAAAGAUGAUAAUCAAAGAAAAGUUUAUGAAUAUGUGGUAAGAAGGUUUUUGGCAUGUUGUUCCACCGAUGCCAAAGGGUUUCAAACUGUCGCUACAUUGGUUUGGGGUAAUGAGAUUUUUAAAGCUACUGGUCUUGAAGUUUCAGAGUUGAAUUAUUUGAAGGUUUAUACUUAUAGGAAAUGGCUGUCUUCAGAAACCUUACCACCAUUCCAACAAGGAGAAUCCAUACCCAUCAAAUUUAGUGAAGUCAAAGAAGGUAAGACAGGACCACCUAAUCAUAUGACAGAAACGGAGUUAAUUGCUUUAAUGGAUGCCAAUGGAAUUGGAACUGAUGCUACCAUAGCUGAUCAUAUAGACCGUAUUGGAGCCAGAUCAUAUAUCCAAAAAGUCAAGAAAGGGGGUUCUGAGAUCAUAGUACCCACAGAACUAGGCAUUGGUUUGAUUGAAGGCUUUAGCUCGAUAAAUUUCGAAAACAAUAUCUCAUUAUCCAAACCUUCUCUUCGUAAAAGGUUGGAAGUGUUGUUGAAAGAAGUAGAAACAGGAAGGAGGACUAAGGAUCAAGCCCUUAAGGAGAAUGUUGAUCUUUAUAGAAAAGCAUUCGUGACAACAGCUGAGAAUCAAGCUAUUUUGAUCAAUGAGUAUAAAAAGUAUCAAACCUAG